UCAUAAUAAACUGUCUUAUUUCAGUGUAUUCUAUUUUUAGUAUCGCGAUAUGCUCUGAUUGAAAUACAGGUCAAUAAUGUAUAUAUUUAACACUUUCAAGCAUAACAUAUUUACAUACGUGCUGGACGGAGGGAGUGAAAUUGACCGGAUGUAACGCACAAUAUCAUAAAUAUGGCGACGAUAAGUAAAAGUUACAUUUAUACACCAGAGACAGUGGAUAUAAUAUACACAUCGAUACCCGAUAAACUUAAAGAAUUAGCAGAGGAAUGUCCUGACAGGGAAGCCGUAAUAUUUUGUUCACCAGACGGUGAUCGUUGUUCAAUUACAUACUGUCAACUGUACACAAAGGCAGAGUUGUUUGCUAAAAGAAUACUUACAUAUGGAUUUGAGAGAGGAAGUAUAAUUGCGGUAGCUAAUAUAAACACACCAGAAUGGCUUAUUUGUACGUUUGGGCUACAAAUGGCAGGACUUGUGCCAUUACAUUUUGCCUUUGCCAGGGAAAGUCCAAACAGCGUGGUAAAUCUUUUGAAUGGAGUCGGUAACUGUGUUGCAAUCAUCCUACAUUCGAGCGAUAUUGGUAUUUCUAAGCAGUUUAUUGAAACAAUGGAUACUAAUGGCAAGGCUAUCAGCACAAAAAUCCCAUCCUUACAAUACGUCUUUCCAAUGAACGAUGAACAAAUUCCUAGUGGUCAGUGUACAAGUUCUAACCUGCCGUAUAUUACUGCUGAUGAUGUAUGUGGUAUCUUUCUUACUUCUGGUAGUAGCGGCUUGGCCAAGGCUGUACCAAUGACUCACAAGAGGAUGAUAGAAAUGGGUGUCCAUUGGGGGAAACUUCUUGAUGUUCAGCCAGGGGAAAAAUUCUACAACGACAAACCUUUCAGUUGGCAGGGCAGCUAUCCAUCAAUAUGGCUUGCAACUAAAGGAUCUCGGGUGACAGCAACUGAUAUUUUCGCAAUGAAAUCUGUAGAAGAUAUCAAUGAUUUUACUCUCCGUGUUUUGGAAUCGGAAUCUUGUGUCUCGGCUUUCCUUCUAACACCGUGUAUAUCGGACCUUCUAAGCAGAAAAGAUUUAAGUGUUCGUGUAUUUCCCCUUCGUGUUAUCUGUACAGCAGGACUACCUGUGGAUUCGUUUUGUGCAAAUGUGAUCGGUAGAACAGCUACUAAAUUUGGAGUUGCUUACGGUUGUACAGAAAUAGGAUUUAUGUGUAGCAUUGUUGUUAACUCGAACGAGUACGAAAAUUAUGAAGUUGGGCAACCAUUACCCGGUACAGAAAUUAAAAUAGUUGAUGAAAAUGAACAUAUUGUCCCAAAAGGCAUAAAUGGAGAAAUCUAUGUUCGUUCAAGAUACCGAUUUCUCGGCUAUUUGAAUGCCAAACAAAAAUCUGAACAGUGCUGUGACAAGACUGGUUGGUACAAAACUGACGAUGUAGGAUAUGUCAAACCAGAUAAUAGCGUAGUGGUAACGGGACGCAAAUCAGAUAUGAUGGUUAUAGGUGGCGCUUUAGUAUCACCGUCUUAUAUCGAAGGUGUUUUGAAGACACAUACAUCUGUGGCGAACGUUUACAUAUGUCCUGUUCACGAUAAACAGACAUUUCAGCAUGGUUGUGCCGCGAUAAUCUUAAAGAAAGACAAAACAGUUACAGGAGAGGAAUUAGUGAAUUUUCUAACGAAAGAAAAGGGAAAAUAUGCGGAGAGUUUUCUAGGAAACUUGCAUGUUCCCAAAACAUUUCUGUUCUUUGAAUCAUUUCCAAAAACUCACAGUGGAAAGCUUGAUAGAAAAGCUUUAAAAGAUGAAAUAAUGAAACGGCUAUAAAAGAUGAACUUACAUCGAUUAUAUUUAUAUAAAUGAUAAAUUAUGUGUAGAAUCUCUCUCUCCAUAUAUAUAAAUGUACACUGAGUUUAGCUUUUAGAAUGUUUAAUUGAUUUAUCAUGUUCAUAGUGAAAAAGUUUCAUAUACUUAUAGUAAUUCAAUUGUCAAUUGAAACAUCGUCUUACUUAGUUUGCAAAAUUUACAGCAUGUAAUAUUUCUCAUUUACCUGUUAAUUCUGUCUGUUUAUACCAGAAAAAAUAUACAAAAUAAUUAAAUUCUAUAUUAUA